AUGGCACAAGAUAAGGCCAGCUUGAAUCUUCCUGUAAGUGAUGUAUCUGACAACAAUACGAGACCUUCUACUACUAAUGAAAUAGAUAAUAAUAAUAAUCAAGAAGGAAACCAGGUGACAGCCCUAAAUGAAACAAAUGAAGUUCAUACACAAGAACCUGAACCGAAUGACUCCAAGGUUAACGAUCAUAUAGAAACGAUGGCUUCCUCAUCAGAAACCUCUCAUAAAAGAACUUGGUCCUUCUGGAGCAGUUAUAAAAGUGAUGAUAACAAACCUACCUCCGCCCUAAGCAACAGGAACAAUAAUAAUUUAGAUAAAAACUUAACUCCUUCAGUGAGCCGAGAAAGAUCAACUGUUGCUCCUGAUAUACAAAUGCAACCAACUGAGGGAAAACCAGGACCUGCUGCACCAAAAUAUGGGAAUCCAUUAGCAAACACUUAUAUUCCAUACGAUGCGGAUAUAAAUGAAUAUUCGAAUAUUAAUAUAUUAUCCCCACCAAAUAUAGACAAUUCUGGAAACAACGAACAAGAACAAAAUCAGGAACCCAAUAUUGUAGUCCCAGGGUUUGAUAUAUUACCAAAAAAAUCUUUAUGGAAUUCAAUUCAUGAUAUGAUAGGAAGUCGUAAUACGAAUCCUCAAAAAUAUGUUUAUCGUGUAGAUGCACCUUCCAAAAUAAACAAAAUAACACAUUGCAACCAAAGACCAUUGAAAGUAUUAAUUGUUGGGGUUCAUGGAUUUUUUCCUUUAAAAGUACUCAGAACAUUUAUUGGGGAACCCACAGGAACAUCGAUGAAAUUUAUUACAGAAGCAGAAGACAUCGUUAACAAAUAUUUCAAAGAGAAAAGAAUACCUAUCGAAGUUAGUAAAAUAUCAUUGGAGAAAGAGGGUGAGAUCUUUGAUAGAGUAGAUUUUUUCUUUGAUGUUAUGAGAAGAUAUUCCAAGGAGAUCAAUAACUCCGAUUUCAUAUAUUUUGUUUCACAUUCUCAAGGUUGUCCAGUUACAAUCAUUCUCCUGGCGAGACUGAUUGAAACUGGGAUUAUUAAUAUAGAUAAUUCAAAGUUAUUCAAUAACCAGAAUAGUGAUUUGGAUGAUAUAAAUUUAUUUGGUAAUAAAAAAAUAAUUAGCAUAUUAGGAAUGGCUGGAAUUAAUAAUGGCCCAUUUUAUGGUCGUGAUCAAACGUUGUUGGUGAAGGCUUAUCAAACUAUUGCCAAAGAUGCAAUGAUGGAAUUAUUUGAAUUACAAAAAUUCGACACCAUACAAACGAAAAAACUUGUUCAAAGUAUUAAAAUUAUUAUUGCAAAUAAUGUGAAAUUAACCUUAGUCGGAUCUAUAAAUGAUCAAUUGGUUCCCUUAUACUCAGCAUUUUGUCUCUUUGUAGACCACCCAUAUAUAUUUAGAGCGACAUUCAUUGAUAGAAACUCUCGCACUCCUUCCUUUAUCACAAGAAUAAUCAAGGUCGCCGGAACAUUACUUAAUUUAGGUUAUAGAGAUCAUGAUAUUGUGAAAGAAAUAAGUGGAUCUUUAGUAGGACCGUUGACUGGUGGGGGUCAUUCUUCUAUCUAUAACGAGAAACAAGUUUACGAACUGGGUUUAAAAUUUGCUUUAGAAACAUCAGAUACAAAUGGAGAGGUACCUGUCAUGUACAAUCCUUAUAAGUUGUCCGAAUUAGGUAAUAAUCCUUAUCAUCUACCCUGGUGCAUGAGAGGAUUAUUAUUUGAAACGAAACGCCACAUGGAUAGUGAUGAAAUCAAUACAUUAUAUCAAGAAUAUGAACAAUGGAAACCCGAAUCGAAACAGUUAAAAGAUAUAAGGUAUAGAUUGAAUGGUCUGCAAUACAAGCUCUAA